AUGCAAAAAGGUUUUGUAAAAGCAGAUAGUACGAAUCUGCCAGAAAUUCAUAAUUUGGUGUGGAUAAAGGUUGAAGUAAGCGCACUGCCCCUAGUGGUUGACUGCCGGCCGGUGGGCGCGAAGUCGUACGACAUCUCACACAGCGACGCGCCCCAGAUUGCCAAUCCAGGUAUGGCGGCAGCUCCCCAGCGUCCCACCGCCCCGAACGCAACGCCAGCAACUAAUUAUGUUAACGUGACUGCGUACCCACCCAACUACAAUGGGGCCGCGGGCCCAUCGUAUCCGAACGGUAUGCAGCCUGGAGUGUGGUACAGCGUUCCAGUGGGGGCCCCACAGGAGGCCCCACAGGGGGCCCCACAGGGGGUCCCACAGGGGGCCUCACAGGGGGCCCCACAGGGGGUCCCACAGGGGGCCCCACAGGGAGCCCCACAGGGGGCCCCACAGGGGGCUUACCUGGUGACCCCACACACGCCCCCUAUUCCGGUACAGCUCAUCAACAUUCACGUCAACAAGAGCGUUCAGCUCAAUGGGGAAGAUCUGCCUAUGAACGAUGUCGCUACUCUGCGAUACUUUUUUAACCUGGGCGUGGACUGCUACUGGGCGCCGCGCGGGCCGCCCCCCGGGCUCCAGCAGGUGCCGCCCCCGAGGGCAGCCUAUCCGCAGCCCAUCUUUGUGCACCCGCCGCCUGCCUCUACAAUCGACACCACGCAGCCGCCGCCCGCCUUCCCGCCCCCGCCGACGGCAUGCAGCAACUAUCAAUGCAAAAUCGGCACAAGAAAGUUAAACCCCAACCAGCCCACCCGAAAACCACCCAACCGAAAACCACCCAACCGCGGUCUAAACGCGUCGUCAACGGCGCCCAUAGCUCCCGUUAGGAAGAAAAUAUCCACUUACCAUCGCCAUCGUGAGAUACUUAUUUCAGUGAACCAAAAGUAUACUGUGAGGUUGUACCACUCGAUUUGA